ACGAUUAACGUCAAUUUGAUGUUACAAAACAAAACCUGCCGUCUGCAUGCUCGGGCUGCCCAAAUAUCGAAUCUAUGGGCAUUACUUUUUUCUGAGAAUGAAUAAGUUCAUAUUUGAAUCCAUUACACAAGUGUUGUUGGCACGGCUCUAGGAACUCACGUUUGCUCAGGAAAUUAAGUGAAUCUACAAUUUUGCGAAGGUCGCAAUCGAUCAUCGUCAUCGAAGCCUGCGCGCUGCGGUGACUUCGUCGAGCUCGAAAAUUCGUGACGCUCCCCCCCAGACCAGUGGCUUAGUUUUCAUCAUUAAAGUGGCCGCUGCAUGCUGCGCAUGUAUGAUGUAAUCGGCUGAGCUGAGCUGGCUGGACUCUGGAAUAGCUUGGAAUUGGGCUGACUGCUGGCCUUGUCGAAUAUCCAUCAUCGAUGCAAAAUGGCAGAUGACACUCUGUUCGAAUUCUGUGGAUCUGCAUUUUGGGACCCAUCGUUAGUGAACUCAUCAGUACCUGAUGUAACACCAUGUUUUCAAGAGACAGUAUUAUCAUGGAUACCUCCUGCUUUCCUUUUGGGUGUUGCACCUUUCUAUCUUCUCUUCCUGAAGCACAAUGACAAAGGCUUCAUCCAUAUCUCAAAACUUCACAAGGCUAAGUUGUGUCUUGGGUUGCUGCUCAUCCUACUACCUGUAUUAGAUCUCUGCAAAGGAAUAGCAGACAUGGCGCAGAGUGAUGGAGGAUUGCCAGCAGUAUACGUAGUCACACCAUCAAUAUUAGCAAUAACAAUGGUUGUAGCCCUGAUCCUCAUCCAUAUAGAGAGAAGGAAAGGUCUUCAGUCAUCCGGUGUGCUCUUUAUAUUUUAUCUUAUCAGUAUUAUAUGUGCAGUGGCAGAGUUUCACUCAAAGGCAAUUAAUGCACAAUAUCAAGGUUCACAGGAUGCAUUCCGAUAUGUGACCUUUUACCUUUACUUCUUUCUCCUGAUUGGUCAGUUAGUUCUUGUUGCCUUUGCAGAUGAAAUGCCAUAUUACUCGCCAGAUAUUGCCGAUAUUAAUCCUUGCCCAGAAGCUAGAGCUUCAUUCUUGUCUGUUGUCACAUUCUGGUGGUUUACAAGUAUGGUAAUCAGAGGAUAUAAGAAGAGUUUGGAGAGAGUGGAUCUGUGGUCACUUCUCAGCAGAGAUAAAGCUUGUACAGUCGUCCCAGAAUUUGAAAGAAGUUGGAUACAGGAGGUCCACAGGGCAAACCGUUUCAAGCACGGAGCAUUAUCCCAUGCCUCAUUAAAUCAUCCCAAUGAUGGUCAGAAGUACGCUAUGACUGAACUAGACCAAGACGGGAAAUCCCCCAAUGGUACCCAUACCAGAGUGUAUCGUCCACCAUCUGACGCAGCAUCAAAGGACAACAUAGACGGUUAUACCCGGGCUGUGGCUGUGCCACAGGUUGAGUUCAUAGAUAGCAGCAGUAAAGCAUCAUUGUUUAGAGCUGUCGCCAUGAGUAACGGAGAGAAGUUCCUAGUCGCUGUGCUCCUCAAAUUCAUUCAUGAUUGUUUGAUCUUUAUCAACCCACAGAUACUGAGAUUAUUAAUCAACUUCACAGAGGAUGACAGUAUAUGGCAAUGGAGAGGUUUCUUCUACGCAGGAUCAAUGCUUAUGAUAUCAAUGUUCAACUCAUGUGUAUUACAUCAGUAUUUUCAUCGCUGCUUCAUCGUGGGGAUGCAUCUCAGAUCCUCCAUCAUUGGUGUGGUUUAUAGAAAGUCAUUACAGCUAUCCAGUGCAGCGCGGAAAGGAGCCACCGUUGGUGAGAUAGUCAAUCUGAUGUCCGUAGAUGCUCAACGUUUCAUGGAUCUGUGUACCUAUCUCAACAUGUUAUGGUCCGCACCGUUCCAGAUCUCUGUCGCUCUGUACUUCCUGUGGCAGACUUUGGGGCCAUCGGUCCUGGCUGGGUUAGGGGUUAUGAUCCUGAUCAUCCCCAUCAAUGCUUUUGUAGCUAUGCAAGCAAGGAAACUACAGGUGAAACAGAUGCAAUACAAGGAUGCCCGAAUCAAACUAAUGAGUGAGGUGCUUAGUGGUAUCAUGGUACUGAAGCUAUAUGCCUGGGAGGAGUCCUUUCAAGCCAAGAUUCUUGCCAUCAGAGAUAAAGAAUUGAAAGUACUACGUCUUGCUGCUUAUCUUAAUGCUUUCACUUCAUUCACAUGGACCUGCGCACCUGUUCUGGUUUCUGUGACAACGUUUGCAGUGUAUGUGGUAUCGAAUGAGAACAACAUUCUUGAUGCAGAGAAAGCCUUUGUUUCAAUUGCUCUUUUUAAUAUCCUCCGAUUCCCCCUCACCAUCAUGCCAAAUCUCAUCUCUAAUAUCGUGCAGACCAGUGUAUCAUUGAAACGAUUGGAGAAGUUCUUAAAGAAUGAACAGCUUGACCCGCAGAAUGUUGACCAUUUCAACAUGCCAGGUCACUCAAUAACUGUGGAUAAUGGUCAUUUCACUUGGGAUAGAGAAGAAAAAACAACUCUUACAAACAUCAAUCUUGACAUCAAGCAAGGGUCGUUGAUAGCAGUAGUUGGACAGGUUGGAUGUGGGAAGUCAUCUCUUCUAUCAGCAUUGCUUGGAGAGAUGGAGAAAAUAGAUGGUAAAGUCUUUAUGCAGGGUUCGGUUGCCUAUGUUCCGCAGCAAGCUUGGAUCCAGAAUGCAACAUUGAGAUCCAACGUUAUAUUUAGUAAAGAUCUUCAUGUUACUAAGUACAAGCAUAUUAUAAAGGCUUGUGCAUUGGCUAGGGAUCUUGAAGUGCUACCGGGCGGUGACAUGACAGAGAUUGGUGAAAAGGGUAUCAACCUUAGUGGUGGUCAGAAGCAGAGGGUCAGUUUGGCCAGAGCUGUCUAUGCUAACACUGAUGUGUACCUACUGGAUGAUCCCUUGAGUGCAGUGGAUGCACACGUUGCUAAACAUAUCUUUGGACAUGUCAUCGGACCUGAAGGGCUUCUCAAAAACAAGACCCGUGUCCUGGUCACCCAUGGGAUAAGUUUUCUACCUCAAGUUGAUCAGAUCAUUGUAAUAGUCGAUGGUUCUGUCUCUGAGGUCGGCUCUUAUCAAGAUCUCCUGGAUCAGAACGGUGCAUUCGCUGAGUUUCUUAGGAACUACAGCCAAGAUGCUGAUGAGAAGGAGGAUGAAGAGGAUGAGGAGGAGGAAGAAGAUAUACCAGUCAACAUAUCAUUGGAAGAUCUGACAGAGGACAAAGAACCAGUCAGAAACCUCAAACCACUCAAAGGAAAAUCCAGGAAACUAAGCAAAGGAAUUGAAGCCAUAUCACAGUAUGAUAUCCUCAACACACCCAGUAAGAAGUCAGAUCUUGCCGUGAAGACCGAUGCAUAUGAUGAGGUUGUGAUGGGGGAGAAGGAGGAGAAGCUGAUACGAGAUGAGAAAGCACAGCUAGGCAAUGUGAAAUUGACAGUAUUCUGGGCCUACAUUAGUUCAGUUGGAGUACUCCUAUCUCUGCUCAUUGUAACGCUUUACAUGCUGUUCAACAUCGCCUCUGUUGGCGGUAACCUGUGGCUUAGCCGCUGGAGUAAUGAACCGUUAGUCAAUGGAACCCAACCGGAUGCAGUGAGAGACAAAUACCUGACCAUCUAUGCAUUGCUUGGACUCACACAGGGCUCAAUAGCCAUUGCUGCUGUCACCAUCCUUCAUCUUGGAGCCGUCAUAUCUGGUCGCAUCCUUCACGUCCGUCUCCUUACUGCCGUCAUCCACUAUCCGAUGUCACACUUUGACACCAUACUCCGCGGUAGUCAUCUAAAUCGUUUCUCUAAAGACUUGGACGUCAUCGAUCACGACCUCCAGCAGACGCUGGAUGAUUUUCUGACGUGCUACCCAGACGCUAUCUUGUCGUUCAUCGUCAUCUGUUUCUCGACUCCAUGGUUUAUGAUUGUUGCUGUCCCACUCAUUGCAUUUUAUGUUGUGAUACAGCGGUUCUACAUCUGUACAUCCCGUCAAUUAAAGAGGCUCGAGUCGGUAUCGCGUUCACCGAUCUAUUCUCAUUUCUCUGAGUCAAUCGUUGGUACAAGCACCAUCCGGGCGUACCAACGUCAACAUGACUUCAUCAAACAGAAUGAGCAGCUUAUUGACAACAAUCACAUCACAUACUACCCUAAUAUUGUCUCUAACAGGUGGCUUGCUCUGAGACUAGAGUUUGUUGGGAACUGCAUUGUAUUCUUUGCAGCUCUCUUUGCUGUGAUUGGUCGAAACAACCUAAGCUCUGGCAUUGUGGGAUUGUCUAUCAGCUAUGCCUUGCAGAUCACCCAGACGUUGAAUUGGAUGGUUCGAAUGACCAGUGAGCUUGAAACAAAUAUUGUCUCUGUUGAGAGAGUCAAAGAAUAUUCUGAAGCGCCAACAGAGGCAGCGGCUAUAAUAGAAGACAACCGACCAGCCGAAAGUUGGCCCGAUGAAGGCAAAGUGGAGUUUAUCAACUACAGUACACGUUAUAGAGAAGGACUUGACCUUGUCAUUAAAGGAAUCAAUGUCACAGUCAAGCCUGGUGAGAAGGUUGGUGUUGUUGGGAGAACAGGUGCAGGAAAGUCUUCAUUGACCAUGGCUCUCUUUAGAAUCAUUGAGCCUGCUGAAGGUCAUAUCAAGAUUGAUGGUGUGGACAUCUCGUCCAUCGGCCUCAAGGAUCUAAGGUCUAAGAUCACCAUCAUUCCUCAGGAUCCUGUAUUGUUUGCUGGAGCUCUACGCAUGAAUCUAGAUCCGUUUGAGAGCUACACUGAUGAUGAAGUCUGGUUAGCUCUGAGAUUAUCUCAUCUAGCAAACUUUGUCUCGAGUCUUCCAGAAGGUCUGCAGCAUGAAUGUUCAGAGGGAGGAGAAAAUCUCAGUGUUGGACAACGUCAGCUGAUCUGCCUUGCGAGGGCGCUGUUGAGAAAGAGCAAGAUCCUAGUCUUGGAUGAAGCCACGGCAGCAGUGGAUCUAGAAACUGAUGAUCUCAUACAGGCUACUAUACGAUCAGAGUUCUCAGAAUGCACAGUCAUCACGAUAGCACAUCGCAUCAACACAAUCAUGGACAGUACUAGAAUAUUGGUGAUGGAUGGAGGGGAAGUAUCCGAGUUUGACACACCCACCAACCUACUGACCAGUGGAGGAAUCUUCUACACUAUGGCCAAAGAUGCUGGACUUACCUCAUAAUAUAUCUUGUGUGUGAAGUCUCCCCCCCCCCCAUUCAACGUUUGAGUGACCGAGGUGUAUGGUUCGAUUGGCCCAUUAUUAAGGUUUCUUUCAUCUGUAAUAUGGUGUGUGAAGUCUCCCCUAUGAGAGUCUAAUCAACUGAGGGUGAUGUGGUUUGUAAAUGGCUGGUAUUGGUGAUGACUAUGACAUUUUUGUGUGCUGAAUUGAUGGGUGGAUGAUCAAGUGUUAUCUUGCAAUUUAAUCAACAAAGACUAUUGCAAAGGUAGGUGCUACAUGUCAGCUGUGACCAUAGGUAUUUCAAGAAAUACAAUUGAAAGAUAUGUAAAAGUAAUGUUUUUUUUUCCUUUGCCAAAGAGUUUGUUUUAACAGAAUGUGUUGAACUUUGAGAGCAUUGUCUUGCUUCCAAUUGUACUCUUUUUUUUUUGCAGUUUUAAACACAAGUGUGUGAACUUGUUAGGGUAUAGUCGACUAAUUUCUUGACUUGACUUGAGGUAUAACAAAAAUAUCUUCAAGAAUUGUUUGCUUGUAUGGGAUUUAAAAUGAGAGUAAGCAAGAACAGCUGUCUUUGGCCAUUCAAACUAUCUCAGCCAUUCAACAUAACUACUCACCAAGAUUAGGGUUGCACAAGAAACUUCAAUGCGUAGACAAUAUAGGGUACAUGAUACAUCGCCUAUGAAAAAUAUUGUAAACUUUUUAAUAUGUUUCAAAUAAGAUACCUGCCUUGAAUGCCCUAAUUAUCUUAUUUCCUCAGUUUGAUAGUUAGGCUCCUGGGGAAAGGGUCAUAACAAUGUCAUCCCUAAUAAUAUUAUAUUGACCCAUCUCCAGAUCUGUUUGUCUUCUCUAGAGUGGUAUGAGAGCAUUACUUGUCAUGUUUGACAUUGAUUGUUCAAUGGGUGUGUUUUUAUCUUCCCUAUUGUAGUUUUUACAGUGUGCUGUAAUGAGCUACCCAAACAACCAUAAUCUUUGAUGUCAAUUUCUACCAAAUAAAGAAAAAACGCCAAUCAAAACGAUUUGAUGCAUGUAUUGUUUGAUAGAUGUGCAUUACUUUUUUAAAUUUUCAUUUGCAAUCAUAUUUGAUUUUGAAAAAAAAUGUUAUGACAUGCUAAAUGAAUAUUUGAUUUAAAAUUUCAGUUUAAGUUUUAGUAUGAGAUAAAAAACAUUGAUAUUGAGAUGGAUGGAUCUUAAAGCAGACUUCAUAUUUACAUUUGGCAUUGCAUGGUUUUGUGGUAAUUUUUUGCCAUUACUCUGACCCAGAGCCGUGUAUUUAGGGGUAUCUGCUUCAGAUUUUCAUUUGUUUAUCCCAAACCUCAAGUAAGAUGACGGACAUCAUAUAAAAUGCAAUUCAGUGAUUUCAGUCUCAAACCAGUUAGAAGGCGGGUUUUGUAGUGAUACUAGCUACCAGUAUUAAGGUGAUCAUUUGAUUCAUGCCAGAUGCCUUAGAUACAGUUGACUAUUUCAGUAAUUCUUCUGAAAUUUCUGAUCAUAUUUUAUUGUAUACAGGUACAACUGUGUAAAAUGAACAAGAUGAAAAGGAUUUUUCAUUUAGAUGAUUUAAAUAUUUUGCCACAUGUACAUGGUUAU